AUGGACCUUGCUUCACGUGAUUCCUCCAGUGGUGGCAGCAGCAGCUCGGGCAACAGCGGCAGCAGUAAUAGCGGCAGUAGUAGUAGUGGGAGUGGCGGUGGCAGUGGUGGCGGACAAAGCAAAUACCCGGUGCUCGUAUUUGUACAUGGCGAAUCAUAUGAAUGGAAUAGCGGCAAUCCAUACGAUGGCUCAGUAUUGGCAAGCUUUGGUCAAAUACUCGUUGUUACAAUUAACUAUCGCCUGGGCAUAUUAGGUUUCCUAAACGCAAACACAGAUCGUUACUCAAAACUGCCAGCCAACUAUGGCCUAAUGGACAUUAUUGCUGCGCUGCACUGGUUGAAGGAGAACAUCGCUGCCUUUGGUGGUGAUGCGCAAAGUAUUACACUGGCCGGUCAUGGCACGGGUGCAGCGUGUGUGCAUUUUCUCAUCUCAUCGCUGGCGGUGCCGGAAGGUCUGCUCUUCAAUCGCGCCAUACUCAUGUCCGGCUCCGGGCUGGCGCCUUGGUCGCUAGUCAGCAAUCCCGCCAAAUAUGCAGCCAUUGUUGCACAUCAUGUGAAUUGUGCACCCGAUCUGCCGCAUGCACAUCUCAUGAAAUGUCUGCGGGAUAAGACGCUGGAGCAACUGCUGGGCGUACCCAUUCGUCAGCCAGAAUUCGGUUUUGCCUUUGGACCGAGCAUUGAUGGCGUGGUAAUCGAUGGCGGCGACUAUGUGCCGCCAGCGCCUGGCUCAGCGGCUGCACAAGCUCAAGCCUCGACUGCCGGGAGUGGUGGCCUCGGUGGUGGUUCGGGCAUUGCAGCUGCGGGUGGCUGGGGUACACCAGGACAGCUGGAGAAUAUUGUAUUAAUGAGGAAAACAGCCAUUAACAAGUUGUCAAGAUAUGACCUGUUAGCUGGUGUUACACGGGCCGAAGCAUUUUUCUCCUUCAAUUCCGGCGACGUACAGUAUGGUAUUGAGGCGGAUCGUCGUUCGAAAAUACUGAAAGCCUAUGUACGAAAUACAUACACGUACCAUCUGAAUGAAAUAUUCGCGACGAUUGUUAAUGAGUACACGGAUUGGGAGCGACCGGUACAGCAUCCAAUUAAUAUACGCGAUGAAACCCUUGAGGCGCUUAGUGAUGCUCAGGUUGUGGCACCGGCUGCACAAACCGUCGACCUACACUCAGCGGAUCACCGAAAUUCAUAUUUGUAUGUCUUUGACUAUCAGACCAGAUAUGGAGAUUAUCCUCAGCGCCAAGGCUGCAUACAUGGCGAAGACCUGCCCUAUAUAUUCGGUGCACCACUGGUUGGUGGCUUCAGCCAUUUUACACGAAAUUACACGAAAACCGAAAUAAAUCUCUCCGAAAUUGUAAUGCUAUAUUGGUCGAAUUUCGUGCGAACUGGCAAUCCAAACGAGCAAAUGGAAGGCGAUCAUCCGAAUAGUCGACAAGAGCGCAGUCGUUACAAGACAAUCGAAUGGACUGCAUAUGAGAGCGUGCAUAAAAAAUAUUUGAAUUUCGAUACAAAACCAAAGCUUAAAAAUCACUAUCGCGCCCAUCGCUUAUCCUUCUGGUUGAAUCUCAUUCCCGAUCUGCAUAAGCCAGGCGGUGAUAACGUGCCUGCCACACAUCAUCAACUACUCGACGAUUCAGAUGAUGAAGUGGACAAUAAUAUUGCAAGCGACGCAACCAUAAAACCACUUAACCCACCCUAUUCACCGCAUGCCGGCACUGCUGCACUUGGCAACUUCACGCUUUUCACCAAUCAAGUAUUCUCGCUGCUCAAUCUCUCAUCGCCCUCAUCGGCACGCAACGCUUCCCGUUAUGGUGGCAAAAUAUAUGCAGGCGAUGAGGCUGGCGAAGCCCAUGCGGCGGGCAGUGGAGCGCCACCCGAUGCACAAGACGGCUUUGCGGCCUACUCAACAGCCUUGAGCGUGACAAUAGCCAUCGGUUGUUCACUGCUAAUACUCAACGUGCUCAUAUUUGCAGGUGUUUACUAUCAACGCGACAAGACACGCCUUAGUGAACCGCGCGCACAAACAAAACUGAAGCGGCAGGAAAACGGACAAAUGCCAAAUAAUAUCUGCGGGGAUCUAGAAACGCUUACGAUACACACAAAGAGUGAUCCGGCAACAAUACUCUCACAUCAUCAUGCGCUGCAACAUCAGCACCAAUUGCCGCCACCCGAAUUUGCGGACAUACCACAUCGUGCGCCGCCACCACCGAAGCAUUUGAAGUCGCUGCAGGAUGCGGCUGGUGGUAGUGGGAGCAGCGGCAGUGGCGGUGGCGCUGGCAAUAUGAUUGGUCUCAUGCCACCGCCACAUGCACUUCAAGUAAUGGGCAAUCAGUGUGGUACACUAACGAAGAAGAGUUGUAUGAAACAAACGCAGCAGCAACAACAACAACAAAUGAUUGUUACGCAUCAGCAACAUUUGCAGAAUCAUCAUAAUCAGAGUAUGACGACGGCGUUGAUGGGUGGAGGAGGUGGUGGUGGCGGUGGCGGUGGCAACAGCGGCCCACCACCACCUUCAGUAUCAAGCGCUCAGGCGCAUCCACAUGCACAUGCGCAGCAGCAACAGCAACAGCACCAUCAGCAACAGCACCAUCAGCAGCAGCAACACCAACAACAACAGCAAGCACAACUACAACAAACCCAACAACAUCCGCUAAUGGAUGAAUUGCGAGUGUGACAUUAAUUGACGGUGCGUUUCAAAUGUGAUCUCUAGCGGUGAUUAAAUGAAUGUGAAUGUGAUUGUGAUUGUAAUGACGAUAGCGGUGGUGAUGAUGAUAAUGGUGGUGAUGAUUACGAUGAUGACAAUGUGAAUUGAAGUGGAAAUGGAAUACUCACAAAUGAUACAUGCUCAUCAGAUAAGUGAUUGUAAUACCGUGGUGCGUGUUUGUGUGUUGCUGUAUGCACCAUUGUAUGUGUGUGUGUGUGUGUGUGUGUGUAUGUUUGUGUACUUACGUUUGUUUAUUGCAUGAAUGUGCUUAAUUGAAUGCGAACACAAUAGUUUCCAUUGUUUCUAACCAUCUACGCAGCGGCCUUGGGUAUUUCAUGGACGUCACGUAUACACCAUGGAGUACACAAAGCCAUGUGUAGGCUAGUGUACUUGUAUGUAUGCAUGUGUGUAUAUACUAAGUACCAAAUGUAGUAUUGUACGGAAUGCUUUCAUUUGUUAAAUGUGACUAGGCCGGUGUGUUUUUGUAGCAAAGCACAGCGAGAUUACAUUAAGUAGACGCAUUAUUGUUAAUUACUUAGGUACUUAAGUGGAGUAAGUAGUUACUAAAUUUUCAAAAACAAAAGAAAAAAAUAACUAUUUAAAAGAAGUAUAUUACCACUUUUUUAUAG